AGCGGACUCGGUGUGAGAAUCUGUCACUCGGCAAGCCGAGCCGGAUGGAUCUAGCGACGUCGGUCUCGGGUUGCCGAAGGGCUUCGGGGAAGGGGGAGGGGGGUUUGUUUAGUACCUUUUUUUUUUAGCCUUAUCUUUUCGGCUUUUUCCACGCAGGGGACGGGAACCGGCUGGUCCUCGCCAUCGAUCCCCUACACGUGGUGAUAUUGGGCCAAUCAGGGUGAACAAGAGGGGGGGAUGCUCACAAUCCCAGAUCGACAGAUAGGGAAUCUGAUCUCUUACUCCAGCUACCCUGAACGUUCCAGUUCGCAGAUAGCAUUUCCCUAAACUGUCGGGCAGUUGCGAUUUCGGGGCCAUUUCCCCUUAGCUUCCACUGUCAAUCCCACCGCCUCGCCGCUCGGGGAUGUAUGCACGUCAGCGUGCGUGGACCGUGGACUGGGCUCCUCAAAAUUGGGACAAAACCUUGAGCAAGAUGUCUGGCGUGCAGACCGGCUGGUACAUAGAAGAUAUUCGGCAAUUAGGGAGAGAGUCCAUUGUGGACCUGACAGGGAUCUUCCCUGCCGUAAGCGGCCUAAGACGUAAAACGAAGAGAGGCGAUUGCACUGGCGCGCCCGAGGUAUAUACUACGCAGAUUGUAGGUGUCGUAAUCGUUGCUGCCAGAUAUUCUUAUGCUUCUUUGCGCUUCGACAUGUCGUUCCUGACGCCACUUUUUUUUUUGGUGGUGAUGCGUGCGUGGGUUGGUUACAACUGAAUGUCUGAAACCUUGGUUUUGAGUAUGACGCUGAACUUGGACGUUGUGUUUGGAAUUCUCAUUUCUCACCGCUUGUACUGGAUUGGACUGUUGGCAUCCACUAUGAGGGUGAGGGUGAGGGUGAGGGUAUGAUCUCAUCAGCCGCAGGGAAUUACACCUCCAGCGAGUC